UUUGUUUUCUUUUUUGAUGCUUACAGUGGUUCAGCUGACGUCCUGAGCUCAGUUACCCCUGUCUCAUUUAGAAAACCGUUCUGUCUCUCUCUUAUUUCUAUUUAUGUAUACAUUUAUUUAUUUUACUGUUUUGCCAAUCUGCAUGUACUUCCUAGUGCUUUGAUCUUUCAGGAAACACCGGGAAUAAGUGUCUUCUCUGUCCCCCCACAGGUCGCUUCCCUGGGAGUCACUACCUUCACCUUAUGUGCUCUGUGCAUAGACCGCUUCCGAGCUGCCACCAACGUGCAGAUGUACUAUGAAAUGAUCGAAAACUGUUCUUCAACAACUGCCAAACUUGCUGUUAUAUGGGUGGGAGCUCUACUGUUAGCACUUCCAGAAGUUGUUCUCCGCCAGCUGAGCAAGGAGGAUUUGGGGUUUAGCGACCGAGCUCCGGCAGAAAGGUGCAUUAUUAAGAUCUCUCCUGACUUACCGGACACCAUCUACGUUCUAGCCCUCACCUACGACGGUGCGAGACUCUGGUGGUAUUUUGGCUGUUACUUUUGUUUGCCCACGCUUUUCACCAUCACCUGCUCUCUGGUGACUGCAAGGAAAAUCCGCAAAGCAGAGAAAGCCUGUACCCGAGGGAAUAAGCGGCAGAUUCAGCUAGAGAGCCAGAUGAACUGUACUGUAGUGGCACUGACCAUUUUAUAUGGAUUUUGCAUUAUUCCUGAAAAUAUCUGCAACAUUGUUACUGCCUACAUGGCUGCAGGGGUUUCGCAGCAGACAAUGGACCUCCUUAAUAUCAUCAGCCAGUUCCUUUUGUUCUUUAAGUCCUGCGUCACCCCAGUCCUCCUUUUCUGUCUCUGCAAACCCUUCAGUCGGGCCUUCAUGGAGUGCUGCUGCUGUUGCUGUGAGGAAUGCAUUCAGAAGUCUUCCACAGUGACCAGUGAUGACAAUGACAACGAGUACACCACGGAACUCGAACUCUCGCCCUUCAGCACCAUCCGCCGAGAAAUGUCCACCUUUGCUUCUGUUGGAACUCAUUGCUGAAGGGCGGUACUUGGUUGGGUCAUUUUAUUUGUUUGAUUUUCAUAUCCUGUGAAAGUUUUUAAUUCCUAUUUUUCCUUAUAGGGAAAAAUGCAAAAAAGAAAUAAUAAAGAAAUAUUAACUGCUGUAGAACUGAUUUUACAAAUUAAUAUUUGUGCUUUGAAAAAAGUUUCUAUUUAGUUAUUUAAGAAGAAUGAGAAGGUCAAUAGUUUUAGAUGAUUUUAUCUGGUACGGUGCUAAUAUUUUAUUUGAAAAAAGUUACUGCAACUUAACUUAAAAUUCCUAACAUCUUUUCUUCUUUUAAAAACACAAUUAUUGUAUAUUGAUUAUAGCCAUGUGAUUUUGUAGGUUAUUUUAUAUUUGAGUUGUGAUUGAAAGUAUACUGUAUAUGGUAUUGUGAGAUGAUUUGUACUUGGAAGCAUUCACAAAGUAGCACCAAAUAAAUUACACUUUAUUCUUUAAUGUCAUUGUCAAUCUACUUUUAACAAAUAUUCAAUAAAUCUUCUAAUUGCCUUAAAGAUCCAA